AUGGCUAUAAGAAAUGGUUUUGACAAUGAAUUCAAUACGUGUUACGUGACCUUCCCGAGGAAAUGCUCAACAACUCUCGUCGACUACUUGCGUGCCCUGACCUCUGAUUGUGCCGACCCCAAGAUAACGAUCGCCCUCGAUUCGCUGCAUAUAAGGAAACGGAAUCGUCAGUUCAACCACUCUUUCUUCGACUCUACUCUCCACUCUCGUGCUCUUGCUCUCUCGGACAACCUUUCCACUGCCGGAGCUCUACCAAUCGGGAUAUCAACCGCGUCUCCGACAACUACUCCACCUAUGCUCCGGCUCCCGAAGAACUCGAGACACCUAAAGUAUCCUCCUGACCCUUUAACACUAUUGAAUAAAUCCGUCACACCUCUCCUCUAUUGUUAUUCUCGCAUUCUAAGUCUGACGGGGUUCACCUUCCCUCUAACGUCAGCACAAGUUCAAUGGGUGGUUAUCUGUUAUUCGGAUCAAUCAAGUACCCCGCGCAACGGUACUCUCUGUGACUUUUCAAAUGAUCCACGAGAGGUCAAUCUUGAUAGAACAGAGAACAACAGAUUCAAAGUCUUGUUUGACUUUGAAAAAAUAUAUCAGAGAUGA